UACCGCGGCUCGGCGGCGUACGCGUCGUACCUACCAGUGCGCGACGCGGGGCAGUCGUCCAAGCUGACCGCGGCGGCGGCCAAAGGUCCGAUCCAGGCGAGCAAGCACAUCCGCACCGUUACCACCGUCGACUACCAGCCAGACAUCUGCAAGGACUACAAGGAGACCGGCUACUGCGGUUUUGGAGACACAUGCAAGUUCCUGCACGACCGCUCCGACUACCUCGCAGGCUGGCAGCUCGAUGCACUCGUCAAUUCCCACGCGCGGCGCGGUGACGACGACGACAAUGUCGACGACAAGGACGGCGAGGAGGACGAGGAGGAAAUCCCGUUCGCGUGCCUCAUCUGCCGCAAGCCAUUCACGGACCCGGUCGUGACGCGGUGCGGGCACUACUUCUGCAGCGCAUGUGCGGUCCGGCGCUUCCGUGAGCGGACCAGCAAGUGUUUCGCCUGCGGCGCACAGACCGGCGGCCUCUUCAAUAGCGCUGCCAACGUCCUGCGCAGGAUG